AUGAUAUUUUUUGCAUUAGAAUAUCGUUCACCACCACGAAUGAUAUAUGAAACUGAUGUUCUUCGAUAUGCGAAUGCUACUUUUGCUCGACGUCGUAUUCCUCGAGUAAUUCAUCAAACAUAUCGUACACACACUGUUCCUUCUAUUUGGAAUGCAACAGUUCAGUCAGUUAUCGAAAAAAAUCUCGGCGAAUUUAAAUAUCGUCGUUGGUCUCAUGCUGAAAUGGAUGCUUUUGUCAAAGAACAUGAGCCUCAAUUUUAUCGAAAAACAUAUAUAACUUAUCGAUAUGAUAUGCAGCGUAUCGACUCAUUUCGAUAUGUUCUUCUGUUUUACUUGGGUGGCAUCUAUAUUGAUAUGGACAACGGUUGCAAUCGUCCUUUUCGUGACGUAAUAGUUACUCUAGAAUCACUUGAACCAAACGCGACUCAUUUGGCUGCUUUUCCUCAACGUGACUCGUUUGGAGUUGAAAGUGAUUUUUUGAUAAGUACAGCUGGUCAUCCUUUUGCCGGUCCUCUAUAUGUUUCUGUUCAAGAACGACUUUUUGCAUCAUCGGAACAGGCUGUUGUGCGUCUAUUGGAUUUUACUGUCUUUCGACCUAUGUUUAUUAGAAAAGAAAAUGGACUCACAUGGAUUAGUCCAGAGACUCAUUAUCUGUUUUAUAUCUAUGGGAAGAUUGGUAUUAUUCUACGAUGUUGGAAAGAAAAACAAAAAAUCAUUUUCAAAUAUAUGCGUUUUCAUAAAAGAUGA